AUAAUCUCGUUCAAGAUGAUGAUCACGAAAGCGAUUUUCUUCUUCCUACACGAGCCUUGGCUAUCAGUCAGUCGCACCACGGACUCGACUUCUACGUCACAUCACAUCUACGUCUUCACUCGAACUUUACAGGUUUGUCGUCGCAGAUAAUCUCGUCGUAGGCCGGCAGGUUGUCGGACAGUAGUUCGAUAAAUCUAUCCAGCGGACAGAGGCUCGGACAGCCGGGGAUCUGCAUCUCCUUGAAGAUCGGAGGUUCUCGGGCACAGUUCACCUUGAGCGGCCGCGUAUAAUCGAGUGACAGCUCGCGCCAAAGUCCGUCAAGAGAAUAUAAUGGUCUGGAGUCUUCUCGAGAAAAUCGUCCAGCAGCAGCAGCAGCGAACUAGGGCCAACGUCGCUCGCGGCUUCGAGUUCCAGAGACUAGUCGACGACACCGGCGAGGAGAAGGCAGGGGAGCUAAAGCGCGAAAAUGAAGGCCGAAAAGACGGCCAGAGGUGAAGCUGACGGCGUUACCGCUGCUACCGCUGAGGGACGAGGGAUCGUCGGACCGGUGAAACUUUACAAGCGCCGUUGGCUGAUGCUCGCGCUCUUCAUACUCUAUUCAACGAGCAUCAAUGGCCAGUGGAUCGAGUACUCGAUAAUCUCGAAUAUCGCCACUAGGUACUACAACGUAUCGAACUUCGCGAUAGACUGUAUGGCCAUGUCCUACAUGUUCUACUACGUGAUCUUCAUUUUCCCGGCGACCUACCUGCUGGAGCGCAUAGGCAUACGCAGGACCUUGAUCCUCGGGAGCUGCAUGAGCUGCUUGGGCGCCUGGAUCAAGACCUUCGCCAUCGCACCGGACAGGUUCUACGUCGUCCUUAUAGGCCAGUCGAUCGUCGCCAUCACUCAGGUUUUGAUGCUGCCAAUCCCGGGGAGAAUAGCGGCAAAGUGGUUCGGCUCGGCUGAACUAUCGACAGCCACUUCUGUCGGUGUCUUCGGCACUCAGCUCGGCGUUUCGGUUUCAUUUCUCUUCCCUCCGAUGCUUGUCAAGAAUCACGAGAGCAUCGAGGACAUCGGAUCGGAUCUCUCCUUUCUCUCGCUGUCUAUCGCAAUUGCUGCCACGGCCAACCUCCUAUUGGUCGGACUGCUGUUUCAGGAGGAGCCAGAAUUACCGCCCAGUGAGACGCGGGCGCUGCAGAAACUGAUCGGCUGCGAGGAGCUGAGCGAUGAGGGCUUUCUGCCGCCGAUGAAGCGGCUCUUCAGCAACUCGAGCUUUCUGAUACUCUGCAAUUCUUACGGGCUGAGCAUCGGCGUCCUCAACGCCGUGGCUACCCUCCUCAAUCAGAUGUUUCUCGUGCACUUCCGGAACGGAGAGGAAGACGCCGGUAGGAUCGGACUCCUCAUCGUGGUGACGGGGAUGGUGGGCUCGAUCGUCUUUGGGAUGAUCCUCGACAAAACUCACAAGUUCAAAGAAACCGCCGUGGGCGUGUACGCCCUCACGUUCCUCGGCCAGAUAGUCUUCGCCGCGGCCAUGUUCCUCGAGCUCAAGUGGAUGGUCUAUCUCGCGGCCGUAUUUCUUGGGUUCUUCAUGUCAGGCUACCUGGCGCUGGGCUACGAGAUGGCCGUGGAGUACACCUACCCGGAGGCGGAGACCCUGUCGGCCGGUGUCCUCAACAUCGCCAACAACGUUUACGGCAUCGUCCUCGUCGUGCUGCUGUCCUACGGAAUUGACGAAAGCGGCGACGUAUCUGUACACGUGGGCCUGUGUCUCGCUCUCCUGGUCGGCCUCGUCUUGACUCUCAUGACCAAAGACGAAAAGAGACGACAGGACGCUCGGAAGACGACAGGCUCGAGUUCGGUCAAAUUCAGCGACCUGCCCCUGAUGAUCGAGACAGUCAAGACCGUCGCCGCUUGACGGCACGCUUUGUACAUAGCUUCAAUAAAACGUAAUCAAAGCCAUA